CGCGAGCUCGAGUCGCUGUUGCCGUGGCGCGGUGGCGAAAGAAGUACAUCCCACGCACCAGUGGGUCGCUCCAAAUGCUUAACGGGGCCGUAUAAUUGGUGCGAUAUUGCCAUUGUGGAGUAAUUUGGGUCAUCCUCAGUCACGAUGGAAUCUGCUGAUGGCCAAGCUGAGGAGAAAAAACUCCUCACCGAAGCUAAAUAUCGAAAUUAUAUGUCAAACAUUGAUAAGGCAUUAAAGAAUUUUGAAUAUUCCAGUGAAUGGGCUGAUUUAAUAUCAGCGCUUGGCAAGCUAAAUAAGGCAAUAUCGAGUAACACACAAUACCAAGUAAUACCCCGACGUAUUAAAAUUUCAAAACGUUUAGCACAAUGUAUGCAUCCGGCACUGCCAAGUGGAGUUCAUUUGAAAGCGCUGGAAACUUAUGAUGUUAUUUUUAGUAAAACUGGUCCUGAACGGUUGGCCACGGAACUUUUCAUUUAUAGUGCUGGACUAUUCCCUCUGCUGAGCUAUGCGGCUAUGAAUGUACGUCCUACCCUACUUGCCAUCUAUGAAAAGUAUUUCGUGCCCUUGGGUGAGAAACUACGACCUGCCUUAAGUGGCUUUUUAAGCGGAGUUUUACCUGGCUAUGAAAGUGGGCUGGAUCACUUCGAGCGCACAAACUCCUUGCUGACGCACGUUUGUACAGCUGUUACUCCCAGUUUCUUUUACACGUGCCUAUGGGAAUGCGUCGCUAAGAAUGCAUCAAUUCGCUUGCCGGCAAUAUCAUACCUAUUAGACCACUUCAACAAACGUUUAGGCAUGCAAGAACAAUUGUAUAUAAUGGGACACAAUCAUGAAGUUAUGAUGUGCGGACUUUGUGCAUGCUUGAAUGAUGCUGUAAUCCUGGUGCAGCGGAACACCUUAGAAUUUUUACUAUUGGGCUUCCCUAUGCAUACGAAAUACCUAAAUGAAUUGGAUUUGACUAAGUUGGUGACAAAUGGAUUGAAUACUAUACUGCGGCGAGACAUGUCAUUGAACCGACGCCUCUAUUCAUGGUUGCUGGGUACAGAAGUGGCGAAAACUGGGCAAUUAGAAAUGGACGAAAAAUCCGAAAAUUAUUUCGAAAAGUAUUCAAAGAAUAUCUUAAUAAAGGCUCUUAUUUGUACACUAAGCCUAAGUUUAAACAACACACCUGUGGAUUUGAAGCCCUACAGAAUACUUGUUUCGUUGCUGGAUAAAGCUGAAAUUGGUCCCGUUGUGCUAGACUAUGUUCUGUGCGAUGUUAUCCGAACUAUGUCACUAGCGAAUGGAAAUAUGGAAGUAACAAAGUCAGCGAACCUGCUUUUUGCUACGUUUGACCCAGCGUAUAUUUGGAACUUCAUGACAAUAAUGUUCGAGAAAUCCUGUAAAGCUGCUAAUGAACCAUCAUCAAAACUAUCACGGAAUAUUCGUGGAACAUUCCAGCAACAAUUAUCUUCCUCGGGCAGCAGCAGUCAUAAAUUUCAAUCUGUUGUUGGAUGUGGAGAUCCGGGACUGAUUGAAAUUUGCUAUUUGACUGAAUUCUUGCUAGAAACAAUCUCAUUAGAAAUGUAUACCGAAACAACACGUGUUUACUUGCCAAAAGUUUUCUUAGCCAUUACGCAAAUGUUGACAAUUCAUUCGGAGAAUAUGACGCAUGAAGAAGUUACUGCCUCGCUUAAAUUAUGUAUGAAAAUUGUUUCUAGAGUUCAACCGAUGAUUACAAGUCCAGUUAAAGUGGCGAAAGUAUCAACCAAGAAGCAGCAUGCGGAAGAAGCAAUUAACACUAUUAGCAAUAAAAAUAGUAAUGUAAGUGGUGGCGAUUCAGGUAGUGCGCUAGAAAAAAGUAAAUCGGAUUCAAAGCUAAACCAAUGCUUAUUUGAUGACGAGCCUAUUCGGAGAUCAAAUUCAAACCAAUUCAUCGAUAAGAAAAGUCCGAAGAAAACGAAAAAAGCUAAAUCAUAUUCAAAGCUUCUAGAGUUGGAUAAGGAGAUAGCUCCAGACACGGGACAACCUACGAUACCAUCAUCUUCCUCCGACCUAGACACCCCUACUAAUGUGAAGAAGCUGAAACAUAAAAAGACGUCACCAUAUAUGAAGCUAAAGUCUAGUCCAAAACGCGAACAUAAAAAUAAGCGUUCUUCAGAUCACUCAAAGCAAAGUGAACCUCACUCACCGGAUAGUUCUUCCUUGCCACCCCUUACCCCCGAGACUCCCACCAGUAGAGCCGAUGGCGGCGAAAAUGGAUCUGAAAUCGAUGAUGAAAUAAAAGAGGUCACGGUUCCUCAACGGGAAACUUCAAUGCAGGAGUAUUCCAUUUUAGAGAAAUGCAUAAAACAAUAUGAAAUAUUCUUUGAAGUUUACCUCACACGACACGUCUUGCAAAUCAACUUACCACAAUUUAUAAGUUCAUGCUCAAUAACAGUAAGUCGGGUGUCAGACAGCUCAAGUCCCGAUGAACUUAACAAUAUUUUUGAAAAUGAAGCCGUGUAUGAAAACGGCUGUAUUGAGCGAUUGAGAGAAAUUGACAAACUUUUCGAUACGUUAAAAAUAAAUUUAGUGAGUAGAACAGCACAAUUACAUUCGCUGCUGAACAAAUCCAUCGUGGCGGAAUCAACUAGUGAUCUAAGUGACCUGGAGUUUAAGGAUUGUGUGUCGAGCACUGAACGAUUGGACUCAUGUGAACCGAGAAUCAGACAAUUCGACGAUUCAGUUGAAAAGGCAGUUGGGAAGUUAAUGUCAUUAAAGUUAAAUGAACAAGCGAGAAAUUGCAUAAAGCUCGCAUCCAACUUGUUGGUGGAAAUGUCGACAUUCCCUAACUACAAUCAGAAUCUAGUUCUGCAUCACGGAGAUUUGGACAUUCCUAGUUGGCUAAAAGUAUUGACUCUCGUCUCUUGUUACACGCGCAACGAUAAAGAACUGCAACUCGCUUCAAUAUCCACGCUUUUCGAUCUGAUUAGUUUGCUAAAGUCUCAACUUGAGCACAGUACCAGCCCAGGCGUCACUUUUGUUGUUAUGCUGCCGUUGCUGAAAUUUGGACACGUUAGUUAUAUUGAACACAAAACUCGGAUUUUCCAACUUAUUUGUUCAGUUCUUUGGGACUACUUGGGCGAUCCCACUUUGGAUCCAAUGCAGACGAGCUCACUUCUUUACCAACUCCAUAAUUGUCUCGAAAGUGGACUAGUCGAAACAGUGAUUGGAAAUAGGAUGUCAAAUGCUCACAAACAAUUUUGUGAUGAUGAUCUUGUUAGUUACUAUUCUGAAAAUAACACAGGUGGUCUUAAAAGGCGUCUACCUAGUUACAAAUUAGAGCGACUGGGUGACAUUCGCGUUAUGUGUACAGAACCUACAACAAUCGCGUGUAACGUCCAGCUAAGUGAAACCGAAUCUAAGAGCUUCAAGAAGUUCGAGCUACUCUGGCAUUUAGGUCGUGACAAGCAGUUUUCCAAAGGUUUCGAAAAAACGUUGCUUAGAGUACUAGAUAUUCUGUCCUUGCCGUAUUAUAUAUCUGUCCGGACCUUUGUUACAAAAUGGUUGCAGGAGUCAUUACUUAGGGGAGAUUUAGAUCGAGUACUCAAACCUUUAAAUAAAAUCCUCUUAUCAUCAAACACAAAGCGAAUAGGUGUUGUUCACGCUCAUCUUAUUCGGAAAGAUAUGGAUGAAAGUCAAUCAGAUACAGCGCUUAGCCGCGAUAUAGAUGAUGAAAUGGAUACUAUCAGCGAUCGAGAUGUUUACGCAAUCAGCUCAGAAUUCGGAACUGUAAAGUAUCAUAUGGACACGACCCAUAAUAAGAAACGCAGUCCAAUUCGAUCGCUUCAGAAGAAGUUUUUCGGAGUAACUUUGGGAAACAAAAACAAAACCUCCAAUUUCGUAAGUGAUAAAACGGCUUCACUUACCGAAAGCGACAGCAACAUUGGACUCAUAAUAAACCCUUUGGAUUUGUCAUCUGACGUGGAAGCGGGCGAUUCGGAGCUAGGGUCACUUAGUAGUAGUGCUCCAAAUAAAAUCGAAAGUACACAGCCAACAAUGGAGGACAGUGAGAAAGACCGACAUGAAGACACGGCUCAGCAUGAAUUUUGUUCAUCAUGUGAUUCAGAUCAAAGUUCGACAGAAACUGAAUCUGAAAGGCGGGAAAAUAGCAUUGAAAAGGAAAUAAUAUCAACUUCAAAUGAUAUCAAACGGUUUGUUGGAGAUUGCGAACGUGUGUCUGAGGUAUUAUCUGAGCAUGAUCGAACGAAAAACCGAAAGACAUACCACCUAAAUCGGGCAUCUAACGGAACUACUGACAAACAGGAGCUCUCAUCUUUAGAAGGUAAUGGAAGUCUAGCAUCAACUCAAACGUUUGAGGAAUCACACCCUGCGGAUGAAUACUUUAGUUCUUCGUCCAGCACAGAAACUGUUGAGCAUUUUGUUAGCGACUUAAUAGAGCAGGCGGCUGAGAAAUGUGAUAAAAAGUUAAAAUCGAAAAGUCCGCUCCCAGCGAAAAUCAAGAAUGUAUUGAAGGAAACGAAGAAAAGUAAGAAGUCAAAUGACAAAAAGCGUAGUAGUUGCAUUUCAAAGGCUUCGACAGAUAGCAACGGCAGUGUGAUAACUUUAGAUAGAAGUCUCAACGAAGGAAUUGGAAUUUCAGAUUCUAAUUAUUCGAAUAGCGAGAAUGAAAGCGAAGUGUUUGAUGAGAAACCUAAAACUGAGGAGAAUAUCUCGAACAAAGAAGAGCUGGAUGCGAGGAAGAAAUCUCUGAGCUUAUUGGAUAAAGAGGCAUUGGAGAAGAGUAAGCAAAAUGUUGAGAUACUAAGACAAAAUGUAUCGAUGGAUGGGAAUGGCAAAAAAUAUCUGAAACGAAAAAUAUCCGAGGAAAGGAAACGUCAUUAUGACAAGUUACAUCCAUUCCAUACACACAUGCUUUUAUACUUCGAUGUGUAUGACACAAAACAAACUUUAUAUGCAUUCCAAACAUUACGCAAUAUAAUCGCUUGCGACACGAGGACAUUCUUAUGCCUCUCUAUUACUACGUCAAUUCCAAAUGACACAUUGAAGCAUCUACUCAUUCGACACCGCAAAAGCAUUUUUGGCAAAGGAUUCUCCGGGAGCAUUUUGAAUACCGAAUUCAGUCAAAAUUACCGGGGUUGCAUGUAUCUGGAAGCGUUAGUUACGAUUUGCCUAUAUUACGCUCGUAGCUUCUUCCAAAAGAAUUCCAAUGAAAUGAAUAAACUGCCAAACUCUGCAGAUAUUGAAGGGAACUGUAAAGUGCAAUUAGCCAGUAUUGAACUCCUCACUCUCAUUUGUAUUGAACUUAUUGAAAUUGUUCGCGGAAUGGGGAAGGGCUUAGCUUGUUACAUUGCAGAUUUAAUGGCUAAGUGCAAAAUGCAAAAAAUUAUCUUGCAUUGUGUUAAUUCAUCGGUUCUUGCAUUUUCGCCAACGAAAAGUCAAACAUUAACAGAACAAAUCCUCGCAUUUAAUAGUCCGGGGGAUGAAAAUCUGCAUGCGGAAACGUUGCAGGUCGAAUUGUUGCGAUUGCUUAUGGCUGUGAUUAAACUAGAGUACGAAGUAAAAUUAUUGAAAAGCGAUGAAAGUACCGCAGGAAAGAGUGGCGCAGAUGGAAAUGUGCCAGCAGCAAAUACGAAUUCGAAUUCCCCCACGCGCCUGACAAGUGGAGUCAUCAAUGUGAAGUAUUUACCUAACAGUUUGAUAAGUCAACAGCCGAUGUUCUUGGCGGCAGUAUUAAGUGCAUUGCAGGCCGAUCAUUUACGCCAUCUACAUCGUAACUGGACGGAUUUAGUAACAUCAUCUCUUAAUUGCUUCAGCUUUGGCAGCUUAGCCAAUAUAGUUAUAAGUGUAGUUCAUCAAUUGUGCAAUAAUAUCGAUAAAAUAUCUGGACUUACCCUGAAGCAACAAUGUAAUUUUCCACCUGACUAUGUAGUCUCAUUGCUAGAAUCAAUCACAACCUUGUGUCAUUAUUGUCUUCUGGAUAAUACGCAGCAAACCACGCUCUCACAUUUAUUCAGUCAAGCUUACCCUCAAACAAGUGCCUCAGUACAAAGUUCAAAUACCGGACAACUGCUGAACAACAUUGUACAUUCGUUUUUAUCAUCUCAAUCAUCGACGGAAAGUCAAACGAAAAAUCCACAACAACUCGCCGCCAGGAAUGCCGUUUUAAGUCAUCUAGCAAGAAUAGUUGCUAGCGUAGCGGCAAUUUGGGAUAGUGACUUAGGUCAAGUUAGACAGGUGAAACAGCAACUUAUGGAGUUCCUCAGUCCAAUUUCUCUACAUCAUGGUGCAAACUUCCUAGCAGCAGUCUCUGUCACAUGGCAAGAACGCGGAGAUAUUUACCGUAGAGAACAAGAACGGAAACAAAAUGAACGAAAAAAUUCUUCGUCAGACCAAAAUGUGAAAAACUACCUCCCACACGCUAGCACAGAACAGCUGAGUCUCGUGAAAUUGGUAUCGAGCAUCCGAGUAAUGCCGAUGGACUCGUUUGUACAAACUUUGCAUCAGGUCGUCAAGUCGCCACCUCCAAUUCAUCACCCGCCGGCGGGAUUAAGUGUGGAGGUCAGUGCACUGGAAUUGUUUUAUUUCUACAUGAAAAGUGCCCCAGCGCCCCAGUUAGCCGAUUCGUGGAGUCCGUUGUUGACCCUGUUACGAGAUGGUAUCAGUCUGCCGCCACCCGCACAAUUCGUCCUAUUAAUGUUACUCAACGAAUUUGUGCAGCGGUGUCCUCAAAUGCCAUUCCAAGACAAGAAGGACCUAAAGGAUUUACAUGAUGUGACGUCUCGUCUCGUGGAAGCGUUGUCAAAUGUGGCCGGUGCUUGCUUAGAACAAACUACUUGGUUACGAAGGAAUCUAGCCGUUAAAGAGGAUAUUUCACCUGCAACCCCCGACGGAAGUGUACGCGAUCUAACAGGAAAUCAACAGUAUUGCGUGCAAGCACAAUCGAUGCUAGCGGCGGUAUUAGCAAACCUUUUGGACGUCGCGUAUGGUUCUCAAGAGAAGGACAAGGUCGUGACUAUAAUCACCACGUUGAUGUACAACAUUACGCCUUACUUGAAGAAUCAUACUAUUCGCAACAUUCCCUCAUUUUAUGCUUGUUCAAACCUGCUGGCCAGUUUGAGUGGUUAUCAGUACACGCGGAAAGCAUGGCGGAAAGAUGUCUUGGAUUUGCUCUUGGAUCCCUCCUUCUUUCAAAUGGACAUUUCUUGCUUGCCAUUUUGGAAGCAAAUCUUGGAUAGUUUAAUGACCUAUGACAAUACCACAUUUAGAGAAUUGAUGAGUCGAAUUUCAUUGGCUCAAACAGGCAGUUUGAACAUCUUCGCAUCACGGGAGCAGGAGUAUGAACAACGCGCUAUGCUUUUGAAGCGACUAGCUUUUGUUAUAUUCUGUAGUGAAUUGGAUCAAUACCAUAAGUACAUGCCCGAGAUUUUAGAACAACUUGCUAACAGCCUCCGCUUGCCGUCAGUAGUUCCAUCAGUGCAGGCUGCAGUUUUUCUGUUUUUCCGUGUUCUUUUGUUGAGAAUGUCGCCUGACCACGUUACGUCAUUGUGGCCAAUUAUAAUUGCUGAAAUGGUUCAAGUUUUCCUAGCAAUCGAAGAAGAGCUUAAAACAGAAUCGGAUGAAUUGAGGAAUUCUGGCAGUCAAUUACGUCUCUCUGGUAUCGAUGUGUCAUGGUCAGUGAACACAGGAAAUGGAAUCUCCUCAUUGAAUCAUCUGGCUUGUUGGCGAAACGUGCAGCUAGAAGCCUCGAAGUUGCUGGAGCUGGGAUGCGUGUUGCCUGCAACAAAUUUGCCACACUUUCAAAUGUACAGGUGGGCGUUUGUUGGCACCGAAUUCGAUGCACCCGAAGAAAAGAUAGUUACUAAUGGUCAUAUGGAAGAAGUCCAGUUGUACAGUUGUUCGGGCUACGUGCCACAUGUUCGGCGAAUUGCUCGGUUGAUGGAUUUGAAAUACGCUGUUCACUCGCCGAAAUCAGAGAACAAGAAGGGCACACACCUUGUGCUCACCUGCCAACAAAUAACUAGUUUGCAAGAUCUGUACGGUUUCUUCUCAACGCUCAGUGUCAUGUCGGCUAGUCCUAUGAACUUUGCCGACUGUGAUAAAGAGGUGGCGAAUUGCUUAGCAGAAAUUGAAAGCGUCUUAGCCAGCGAUUUUCUAGAGAAAAUGACCUCAACUUCAAGAUGAAAGUCGGCAAUCGGAGGAACCAACACCACGAAGUGCUCAUCGGCACUAUCUACAUCGUCCUCGGCCCCUUAUUAUGUGUGAUUUUAAGGUACGCGUGCACUCGAAUUCACCUCACAUCUCAACACAUUACGAAUUCUUGUACAAUUUAACCGAUAUCUCUAAGUAAGUGGAAAUCACAACUCGAGAAACGGAAGUAGUAUUUUCUGUGCAAUUUCUUUGAAUACAUCAAAUAUUUCGUAAUUUUCAAUUUCUGAAUGGUCACGUGUCAGCAGAAGCGAAUUUUGUGCAUUUUGGAGAAAAUUCUAAAUAAAAUGUAGUUAGACCGAAUUUUUCAAUUGACUUGUUCUUUUUUCUCACGAAUUAGCUCAUGAUAUUCCUUUAUCGCAUUGUUCUAGUUUUAGUUUGAUCUUGCUUUGUAUUAUGUUUUCGAGAACGUACCAAUUGAGCGUUGUAUGUACAUAAAUGUAUCGGAAUUAGAGAAGUGACAAAUAUUUUUUGUUAUAUGAUGUAAAUUUACCGUAGAGAAAUAUUUAUAUGUUAUGUUAAAUGAAAAUGUUUUUUUUUCUUUUUCAAAGAAUAAUUUUUAGGUUAGCGUUAAUAAACAAAUAAUGCAUACUAAA